AUGUCCCAGAAUACCAUAAAAAAUGAAUAGGUUCGAUAAUAUUAGAAAGUGCAUCAAAACUAAAAGGAGUAACUCAAAGAUUUGGUGUUUAAAGAGUCUUAUUCCAUCAAACAAGCUUCUUAACUGUUAAAUAUUAAAUAUGCCACUGCCAAAUCAAUUAUGUCCAAAAUUCGAAAGUCUAAAAUAAAAAAAUUUUUAUUCCUCAACAAAAAAUUGGGGCAGUGCUAAUUCAAGAAAGUUGAAUUAUCCAAACCUUAAUUAGAAAUCAAAUCUUUAGUGUCAGGAUCUUUGAUCAGUUCAUGUAAUUACUAUUUAUAAUGA